AUGGAGAAGCACCAGCCGUUUCGCGGCCCCACAGCCGCGAUGCAACAUCAGGAUCGCUGGACUGUAUCGCGGUUUUUGCGAAACACCAUUCUCGCAACGUGCCUCUGUCUCGCGAUCUAUUCCUUUUUCCAUUCAGCUCAUUUUCCUACGAUUCAUCGGGCCGUCAUGAAGGAUCAAAGCACCCCCCGCGUCUCUGGUGACGACAAUGCCGGCCGAGACCCGAACCCUUUGUCAAAGAAAGUGCCGCUUGAGGCGCAUAUCAUGAGCAAAUGCCCCGAUGCAAAGUACUGUUUGCUCGAUCUUCUGAUGCCGGCGAUGGUGAAAAUCCACGAUAAGGUUGACUUCAAACUCUCCUUCAUCGGAAAUGUCUCUGAAUCCACUUCCGACGUCUCCUGCAAGCAUGGUCCAAGCGAAUGCGUCGGAAACAUGCUCAUGCUCUGCGCCGCAAACCUCCCCUUUCCCUGCGACCCGAAACAAUCCAAACCCGGCGACAAGUGCAAAGUCCCCACCGUCCGCUCACUCGGUUUCGCCAACUGUUUGUUGCGCGACUACAAGAAUAUCCCUGACCGGAAUAUUGUUGAGGACUGUGCCUUGGAACACGGGAUUGACUUCAAAGCCCUGAACAAAUGUGCGAGCAGCCAGAGCGACGAGGGCCACAAGGUCGAUGGGGAACUCAGCGGCCUCGCCUUGUUGAGGGAGAGCUUCCGCCGAAGCCAGCGGGUUGGCGCGACAAGGAGCUGUACUGUCCGUGUUAAUGAGAAGCAGUGGUGCGUUCUUGACGGCGGCAAGUGGAAGGAGUGCCAAAAGGAGGGCGCAGAGACAGUGGAUGGGCUUGUGAAGGAGGUGGAAAAAUUAUACAAGGAAAAGAAUUAG